AUGCCGGAGACAGAGUCUGUGGACCGGCCGUGUGUCGCUUCUGACGCCUCUGUCACAGUGAACUAUGAGAGUGGUGAGGGCGAGAGCGCUUAUGAGGUCCGCAAAAAUGACUUAUUCGGAAGAUACGUGGUGGCUACUCGCGACCUCUCCCCGGGGGAUCUGGUGCUUCGAGAACCAGCCUACGUCUUUGGACCCAAACAGAACUCACUGCCUUGCUGCCUUGGGUGCACUCUGCCUCUAGAGGAUGAAGAGGACGUUCAUAGGUGUUCUAAAUGUCAGUAUCCCCUCUGUUCGUCAGAGUGCGAACAAAGACCCGAACAUCAGGUUGAGUGUCCUGUUCUCGCCGCCGGUGGAGCCAAAGCCAGACCCGUGGUGGAGGACUUCACCAAGCCGGCUGCUUAUCUGGAGGCCGUGACGGUUGUUCGGCUUCUGAAGCUGCGGGACACUGACCCGGCCCGGUUUGAGCGAGUUAUGGAGAUGGACUCCAGUCCCGAGCACUGGCCCAAAUCAGAGCUCUCAGGAGUUUUCCAACACAACGUGGUCAACUUUCUGAGGACUGUGUGUAAGGUGAACGCCGACGAGCAGCUUCUUCAGCGCCUCGGCGGUAUCCUGAUGACCAACGCGUUCGAGGCUCGGGGGCGGCGACUAGGGUCGCAUGUCCGCUGUCUGUUCCCUGAAGCGGGCCUGCUGGCUCACAGCUGCCUGCCCAAUGUACACCACACGAUCGACCAUAACUUCACCAUCUUUCUGAGGGCUGCCGAGCCGGUGAAAAAGGGAGCGAUAUUGUUCACGUCCUACACCCACUGUCUCUCUGGAACCCUGAGUCGCCGGCUGCACCUCAAACACAGCAAGUUUUUCGACUGCGGCUGCACACGCUGUGCUGAUCCGACCGAACUCGGAACCAACUUCUCCGCUCUGCGCUGCUGUCGGUGCACCAAAGGCUGCAUUCUACCCCGGGAUAGUUUGGAUGCGCAGUCUGAAUGGACGUGUGUGGAGUGUGGCUACGAGGUACAUCCGGAUAAUGUCAGGAAGCUCAACACGAUGCUAUUGCACGAGUUGGACAGUCUCGAUAACAGCGACUUCAUCGAACACGAAAUGUUUAUUCGGAAAUACAGCAGCCUGCUGCACCCGAAUCACUAUAUCAUCUUCGACGCCAAACACAGGCUCUCCCAAAUGUACGGUAGAACAGGAGACUAUCAGCUUCAGGAGCUCACAGAACUGCAUCUGAAGAGAAAAAUCGAGCUGUGUCGAGACGUGCUACAGCUGGCCACAAGAACAGCACCGGGUAUCGCCAGACUAACUGGCCUGACCUAUUACGAACUUCACGCUCCACUGAUGGUGUUGGCACAGCGCCAGUACGCCCGUGGUGCCAUCUCACGGACAGAAAUGGAAGCUCUACUUGACGAGGCGUCCGAUAAUCUAGAGAAAGCCAUCGGAAUGUUGAAGUACGAACCGGAGCUGUCGCUGGAGGGCAAAAUACACGCCUCGGCGCUGCGGAGCCGUGAAGAGCUGGCUGCUCUACGGGGAACGGUAGUUGAUCUACCCGAAACUGGUCGGGGUCAUCUCACACCUGCCCACAUUGACGAAUUGGUGGGGGAGUUUAACGCCGUGCUGGAACUGAUGGACGACUACCAGUGGCGUGUCUAA